UGAGUCGUGAGGUGAGAUUGUGAGAAGUUUGAGAAAUUAGAGAGAGCAAAUUAUGGGCAAUUUUGAGGUCAAAGUAGUGCUAUUUUUUGGCUUGUCAGCUGCUGUUCUUGCUAUUGCCGCCGAGUGGACAAAGGUUAAGAAAAAUGAAGUGAUCAAGACAAAUUUGGUGAAUCGUUAUGGGCGUCGUUAUUGUGAGUACCCAAGGCGUCGAGAUGGGGAAUUCGCAUAUGUAGCAGCAGGACUCGCGUUUUUGAACAUGAAGUAUAUAAUAUAUAUAAACUCCGUUGCUUUCUUUGCUUAUAUGAAUAGAACUGCCAAACUACCAGUCAUUGCUAUCAUCUGUUUCAUUAUUUCCGGGUUGGAAUCAUAUGCCGGGGUCAGUACACUCGUUACAGGUGCUGUAAUUAGCAAAAACCAAAAGAAUGAAGAUUCGCCGUCUAAUUGCAAAGUGUUUAACAACGGUUACUACAUUUCGGGUAUCGUGUUGUUGGCUAAGGGUUGUGGCUUCGGUAUAUUGUCUUAUUUGUGUUUGUCCGACGAUUCUGAGCAGCAAAGCACUAGUAACCAGGCUGUGGAAAUGGGUAAGACAACGCUGGAUCAAUCGGGUAUAAAUGAGAGUGUCCAUAUCGCAUGAGAUUGUAAACUGUAUUUGAUUGGUAGCUUUGUCAUUCCUAGACAAUUUAAUUGAAAAUUCUACAAUACUCAUUCUUAAAAUGUUGUAAACUUUAUUUGAACAACUAUGUCGUAGCGGGUGAGCCUAAUUGGACUGGCACUGCUGCUAAGGCAUGAACUCUGUAUGUUGCAAGUAAAAUUUGACGAAGCUUCUAGCAUAAUUGUCGACUACGGAUGACUAUGGACAACUACAAUAAGAUAUUAAAUCUGAACCGUUGAUAUUGUUUGUUGCUUAAUCUAAGCCUUUAAAUAUUACAUUUAAAAAAAAAUAAAAAAUCUAAUUUACACAUCAUUCAACUCAUGACCACUCAGAAAGGAGCCCCUGCACGUGGCAUGCCGGUGAUCACUCUCUUAUCAGUUUUAAAUUAGUGGGCCCACACAUAUUAGUAAUGAAAAUAACUUUGAAGAUUAAG